GUCAGUAACGUAACAUUUGAAUUCGUCCGUUUCUCUUUCAAUAAUUCUCUCACGAAACCGCCCGCAGAUCUAAAAUGGAGUCCGAAGCGAGGUGCAAUGGCGGAAAGCUGCAGCACGCAGUUUGCCUGCCAUUUCCGGCGCAAGGCCAUGUGAAUCCAAUGCUGAAGCUCGCAAUCCUCCUUCACCACAGAGGAUUCCACAUAACCUUCGUCAACACCGAGUACAAUCACCGCCGCCUCCUCAGGGCGAAUUCCGGCCGCCAUUCCCUCGACGGCCUUCUAGGUUUCCAAUUCAAGACGAUUCCGGACGGGCUGUGUUCUCCGCAAGACGAGGAGGAGGGUAAUUGCACUCAGGACGUGCCGUCUCUCUGCGAUUCCACUAGCAAGCACUGUCUGGCGCCGUUUCUGCGGCUCCUGUCUGACCUAAAUUCCUCGCCCGGCGCUCCUCCGGUGACGUGCGUCGUCGCCGACAAUAUAAUGUCGUUCGGCCUCGUGGCCGCCGAGGAGAUCGGUGUCGCCGGCGUCUCCUUCCGCCCCACAACUGCAUGCAGCUUCUUCUGUAACGCACUGUUGGAGCGUUUUAGACAGAAGGGUCUUAUUCCUCUUAAAGAUUCAAAUGGCGGCAUACUAAAGACCGGGGUGGAUUCCGACAGGGUUUUAGCAGACUUCGACGUUCCAGGAAUCAGCAGAAGCAAUAUUCGUCUAAGGGACUUGCCCACUUAUGCCCUAAUCAGCAACGAGAUUAAUUAUCCCUUCAUUAUGAGCUUCGUCAAUACAGAAACCAAACGAGCCUUAACAAAAGCUUCAGCAAUCAUAUUCCACACUCUAGAUUCCCUGGAACAUCACACCCUGGAAUCUUUGUCGGCAAUGUGCCCUCCAAUUUACCCAAUUGCCCCUCUCCACUUGCUAAUCGACCAGCUCCCAGACCACGGGACUCUCAAGUUCCUAGGGGCAAAUCUCUGGAAAGAAGACUUAAGUUGUCUUCAAUGGCUGGAUUCCAAGCCCCCCAGUUCUGUGGUGUACGUUAAUUUUGGCAGCGUCACAGUCAUAACACAUAAACAGCUUAUGGAGUUCGCAUGGGGACUGGCAAAGAGUGAGCAAAAUUUUGUGUGGGUAAUUAGGUCAGAUGGUGUUAUAGGUGAAUCUUGUGCGGCCCUUCCAGGAGAGUUUUUUGAGGAGACCAAAGGGAGGGGCAUAGUCCUACGUUGGUGCCCCCAGGAGCGGGUGCUGAAGCACCGCUCCACGGGGGCGUUUCUGACUCACUGCGGGUGGAAUUCGAUGAUGGAAAGUAUCAGUAGCGGGGUGCCUAUGAUUUGCUGGCCUUUUUUCGCCGAUCAGCAUAUCAAUUGCAGGCUUGCUUGCGCCGAGUGGGGCGUUGGGGUGGAGAUUGAGAGUGAAGUGGAUAGGGAUGAAGUUGAGAAGGUUGUGAGGGAGGUGAUGGAUGGGGAGAAGGGUGAAGAGAUGAAGGUUAAUGCUAGGGAGUUUAAGAGGAAGGCAGAAGAGGCUGUUGGUGUGGGUGGCUCCUCCCAUCUCAUCUUGGAUCAAUUGGUCAAGAAUGUUAUCAAUUUUCUUGAACCUAUAAAUUCAUCGUAACAUAAUGCAUAUGCUCUGGAUGUACUUAUUUUAAAAUAUUAUGUGCAUGUGUAUUAGGUUAAGCGUUUAUGUGUUCUCAGCUAUAUAAUUCUGUGUAUCAUGGUUGAUUUCAA